GGAAAGGUCUUUUCGAUUGCACCACGAGUACAUUUCGCGUAGUCGGUGAAAUUUAGAAAACCCAUAAAAAUGGCAGAUCAUGUUGAUGAAGACUUCAGUGGUGCUGCAUCCGGAGCAUCUAACACCUAUCCCAUGCAGUGCUCCGCUUUGAGGAAGAACGGUUACGUCGUCAUUAAGGGACACCCAUGUAAGAUCGUUGAGAUGUCGACAUCAAAGACCGGCAAGCACGGCCACGCCAAGGUCCACUUGGUUGCUCUUGACAUCUUCACUCAAAAAAAAUAUGAGGACAUCUGCCCUUCGACUCAUAAUAUGAAUGUGCCCCAUGUAAUCCGCAAGGACUAUCAGUUCAUUGAUGUAGAAGAUGGUUUUCUGAGUUUAAUGGCUGACGACGGAACAACAAAAGAGGACAUCCGUAUUCCUGAAGUUGCCACAGAUAUUGGGAAAGAAAUCCAGGAGAAAAUAGAUGGUGGUGAACCUUUCAUGAUCACUAUUUUGAGCGCUAUGGGUGAGGAGGCAGCCUCGGGUGUUAAGUCUUUGAAGUAAACAUUUAGAAAAAUAAAGUAUCCUGUCUGUUGGAAUACAGACAUUGACUUUCAUUUAAAACCCAUGGAAGGAUUACUGGAUUCCAAACAUUUUUCUACAAUUUUGUGCCAUUCUGGCUAGUUGGCUAUAAGUCUAAACUGUGUUUGUGGCCUGAAGCUCUGCAGCAGAACAAUGCCCACUGGUGCCGAACGUUUGCUGUUUCAACUUGGGUUCAGGACGUCAAUUGAAAUUGUGGGGUUUUGAAGGAAAGUUGUAUGAGCAGAUGUGUCCUCCUUUGGAUAACAAUGAAUGUAGAUGUACAGGCAGAGAAGUUAUGUUCGUGUAACGCAGGUGGCUCCACAUUCAAAGGAGAACACUUUCAUACAACAUCUCUUACAAAAAAGACAAAGUGGAAGUUUUUAAGUGUAAACAUUCUCAUGAACCUUUUCAGUGUUGAAACCCCUGAAUUAGUGUAUACGUUUAGCACUCUUCCGAAACAUAAUAACCCAACUUCUAGACUGGACCACACUCCUACCUUCUGCAAUGCGAGGUUGAGGAUGCAAAACUGGCCGGGGGGGGGGGGUCAAGGGGUUCACACAAAGUCUAUUGUACAUUACAUCAACAGGCUAGGGACUUGGAAACCCCGUCCGUUUUAUUCGACUGAGGUUAAUGUAGAGCUGUACUCAUUUACUGCAGCUAACAGUUGAAUAACAGAGAAAUCUUUUCAGUUGGGGAAAUUGUGUAUUUUCUCACUAUUGGUGGUUGGGGCUCGAAUAUCUUUUGGGAUUACAGGUUCAUCACUGUAUAGCGUGCCUAUAAUUUUAUUCCAUGUUAUCAAGACUAUAAUCAUGUGCUUAUAUUGAGUGGGUUACCGUAAUAAUGUAAUGUAAGCUUUCUAAAAAAAUUGUGAGACGGUAAAAUAGUUUGUCCAGUACAGUCCUAGAUAUGCUGGCAAUGUACAGUUCUAGAUACUAAAUAUAUGUAUGUAUAACCAUUAUGAAUAUGUUAUUCAAACAUUAGGUCUUCAUUGCGUUCAACUGAAGAGUCUCAUCGCCGAACAAGAUAUGUGCCAUAUUCAACAUUUUGGGAUAAGUCAUACCACAGCAUUAUCCUUAUGAUGACUGAUCUGGCCUUCAAAUCCACACCACUCUGGCCAACAGUAAAACACACCAUUCUGGCCAACAGUAAAACUAUUAUGAAAAAAAAGUACAAUACAUUUUCUGUUAAGAUUCCAAACUUCAAAGCCAUUUUUCUCAAUGUGACAAAAAUGGAUAAACAGUAGAAUCUCGCUAUUAAAGGGGAGUUCAUAUGACUAACGUUUCGGCCGACAUUUUACAUAUAGCAAAAAUUAUUUUGGCUAAGAUGAUCAUGUGUGACCCACCACGACAAAAUGAGUUGCAUGUCGCACAGAAGAUGAGCCUAAAAUGACACCAGGACAUAAUAGAAGAAAUUGAUAUGCUCCGAUUUUACAAAAGGCAGACAAUGGUGAAAUGAACAACCAGUCUGUCUCAACCUGUCAAGCUCAGAGCGACAUGCGACUCAUUUUGUCAUGGCGGGUCACAUAUAAACCAAAUUUCUGAUAAAUCCAGGGAGUUUUUUUGGUGAAACGGACACGGAGUUACCACUUCAUCAUCUUUGACUGGAAGUGAGUAUCUAUCGAUAGUGCCAGGCCAGGCCAGGCAUUUUAGCCAAAGGCGUUUAAAAAGGGAUGAUCAUUUUGUAAGGUAAUGCCCGUAGAGAGCUCUGUUGGCCAGUGCUUUUGCUACCAUCUCUUAACAGUUUGCAUUCAUUUUGUCCUGUAAAUUGUCAUAUAAAGUAACUUGAAAUGACAUCUGA